CAACUAUAUACUAUCCGGGACCGUCCUUUAAAGAUACCCACUGGAAGUCUAGACGUCUCAACAUGCUAUUAAACGCCAAGACAGCCAUCUCAACCUCCACGGUCCUUCUAGUUCCGUAUUCCAGAUGGCAUGUUCCCCGGUAUCAUGAAUGGAUGAAAGAUGAGGAAAUCCAAGAAGCAACCGCUUCCGAACCCCUCUCCAUAGAGGAAGAAUACGCCAUGCAAGAAAGCUGGCGCCAGGACCCCGACAAACUAACCUUCAUCGUCUGCCUCCCAGCCCCCGGAGCCUCAUCCAGCACCGGAAACACCAUCCACCAGCUCACCGACGCAGACGACACCCCCGACCGAAUGGUCGGCGACAUCAACCUCUUUCUCCGCAUAGAUGACGGCGAAGAAGGCGACUCUGAGCCUCAGAUCAUCGGGGAGAUCGAACUGAUGAUCGCCGAGAAAGCAAACCAGCGCAGAGGGUUCGGGAAGGCCGCGCUGUACACCUUUCUUCGGUAUAUCGUUGACCGGGAAACGGAGAUCUUGGAGGAGUUCGUUGGCGGGGAUGGCUCUGCGUCGCAGGCGAUGGCAGAGAAGGGCAUGGCUCGGCCGUGGAGGUUUUCGUGUCUGAGUGUGAAGAUUGGGCAGGCGAAUGAGCGCAGUUUGGCGCUGUUUGAAGGGGCGCUGUUUGGGAAGGUUACGGAGGAGCCGAGUUACUUUGGGGAGUUUGAGUUGAGGCGGCAUCGGGAUGCUCUUGCAAGGGAGGUAAUUGAUGAGAGUCUGAGCAGGGCGGCCGUGAAGGGGUAUUCUGAAUUGCCUUAUGGGAGGGAGGAUUGAAUUAUUUGAAUGGGUGUUGGCGACCUUGGUAUGUUGUCUUACUGGUUGCUGCGUCUUGUCUGCUUCGAUAUGACAAUAUCUCCGGAUAGUGACCUCCCAGUGCCGAUGGUUGGAACGUCGUGCCCGAUCUUGUCCGCAGACUUAGGUGUCGGUCUACCGGACCCAUUGUUUUGUUAUAGAGGGAAUCUUUUUCGAGGCCAGAUAGACUAUCGUG